AAAACUUCCGGCCUUGCCUGCAAAUCCUGGUCUACGGUCCCGGCUGGGUUUAACUGAACUGCGUGUGCAGGUUGGCUUGUGCUUUGAGCAACUUGUGCGUCCCAGCGAAUGGCUAGGGACCUGAUCGGGCCGGCACUGCCGCCAGGUUUCAAGGAGCACGGGACGGUCGAGGACGAGGAGCGGGACCCGAGCCCGGUUGCAGGACCAGCUCUGCCCCCUAAUUACAGAAGCUGCGAUUCAGACUCCUCGGACAGUGAUGAGGACAGUAGUUCCUUAUCUGAAGAAGGAAAUCAAGAGUCUGAAGAUGACACUGGUCCAACUGCAAAAAAGCAGAGGCGAAAUCAAGACAGAGACGACGACGACGAUGAUGAUGAUGAUGAUGAUGGGUUUUUUGGACCAGCCCUUCCUCCUGGGUUUAAGAAGCAGGACGACUCUCCUCCCAGGCCUAUAAUAGGUCCCGCAUUGCCACCGGGUUUCAUGAAGUCUACACAGAAAAAUGACAAAGGUAGAGAGAAUCCAGGGCAAGUGUCAUCAUUCUUCAACUCAGAGGAAGCAGAGAGCGGUGAAGAUGAGGAUAUUGUUGGCCCAAUGCCCGCAAAAGGACCAGUUAACUAUAGUGUAACAACAGAGUUUGAAAAAAGGGCCCAGAGAAUGAAGGAAAAAUUGACCAAAGGAGAUGAUGACUCAUCUAAGCCAAUUACAAGAGAGUCAUGGAUGACUGAGCUUCCACCAGAAAUGAAAGACUUUGGUCUUGGGCCAAGAACCUUUAAGAGAAGAGCAGAUGACAAAUCUGGAGACCGAUCAGUCUGGACAGACACCCCAGCUGACCGGGAAAGGAAAGCUAAGGAAAUACAAGAAGCAAGGAAGUCAUUUAGUAAGAAAAAUGAAGAGAACAUAUUGUCAGGAAGGGAUAAGAGACUGGCUGAGCAAGUAUCCUCAUACAAUGAAUCAAAAAGAUCAGAAUCCCUCAUGGACAUUCAUCAUAAGAAGUUGAAGAAUAAGGCUGCUGAAGAUAAAAACAAGCACCAGGAGAGAAUACCAUUUGACCGUGAUAAAGAUCUCAAGGUUAAUCGGUUUGAUGAGGCUCAGAAAAAAGCCCUAAUAAAGAAAUCCAGAGAACUAAACACCCGGUUUUCACACGGCAAAGGCAACAUGUUUUUAUAAGACCUCUUCCUGUAUUCUUAUGUUUCAGCUUCCUGUCCUUCAUGGGGUGAGAAGAACCUGUGUCACAUGUCAUCACCAUGAUACCUGGGCUAAGGGCACAGAGCGACUGACCAAGGACUGAGGCCUUGAAACCAUGAGUCGAAAUAAAUCUUUCUUCCUUGAGA